GCCUGCCGCUCCCGGCCUGCCGUGCGCCGCCGGGGCCAUGGCGGAGGGGGUCACGGCGGCUGCCUGCGCGCCGCCGCCCGACGUGGAGACCGAUGACUGUCUCCGGGACUACCGCCACCUCUUCAGCCCCGACAUCCUGGCGGGCCAGGUCGCGUUCAUCACCGGUGGAGGCUCGGGCAUCGGCUUCCGCAUCGCCGAGAUCUUCAUGAGGCACGGCUGCCGGACCGUCAUUGCCAGCCGGAACCUGCAGCGGGUGUCAGAGGCCGCCCAAAAGCUGGUGGCAGCCACGGGGCAGCAGUGCCUGGCACAGUGCGUGGACGUCAGGCAGCCCCAGACGCUGGCGGCAGCGGUGGAGGAGGCACUGAAGCACUUCCAGAGGAUCGACAUCCUGGUGAACAAUGCUGCAGGAAACUUCCUGUGCCCAGCCAGUGCCUUGUCCUUCAAUGCCUUCAAGACAGUGCUAGAUAUUGACACCCUGGGCACCUUCAACACCUCCAAAGUCCUCUUUGAGAAGUAUUUCCGGGACCACGGUGGGGUCAUCAUUAACAUCACAGCGACCCUGAGCUACCGAGGCCAGGCCCUCCAGGUGCACGCUGGUGCUGCUAAGGCUGCCAUAGAUGCCAUGACCCGUCACCUUGCUGUGGAGUGGGGCCCCAACAAGAUCCGAGUCAACAGCUUGGCACCCGGCCCCAUCGCGGGCACCGAGGGCUACCGGCGGCUGGGUGGACAGUCUGCCGAGCAAGCCAGCAUGUGGGACACCAUCCCCCUCCAGCGGGCUGGCACCAAGACAGAGAUUGCCCACAGCGUGCUCUACCUGGCCAGCCCCCUCUCCUCCUACGUGACGGGCACCACCCUGGUCGUGGAUGGUGGCAGCUGGCUGACCUCUGCCAACAGCUUCUCUGCCUUGCUGGGUAUUGCUUCAUCCUCUGCUAAGCUCUAGAUGUCUGGGCUGCAGGAGCCAACACGACCGCGUGAGGGACAGCCGGGGCUGGCUGAUGGACAGGACCAUGACGAAGCUGCUGCGGGGACCCCUCUGGUGAUGCCGAUGGCUGCCACCUCCGGUCAGCCACCGCUGCUGCUGGUGAUCCCUCGGCUGCCUGGGGAAAGGGGCCCUGGGGCGCAGGGUGGGAGCCAGCCCACCCCUGCUGUGCCACCACUGUUGUGGCAGCUGAGGGACAGCGCGGAGGUGUGGGCUGUGGCGGUCCUCUCCCUUUGUGCCUCCCUGUGAGCUGCUCUCCUGGCCUUUGCCUCUUCCCUGGCAGCGCUGCCCAUGGAUUUCCAGCCUCUGCCUCCCCUCUCCUCUCUCUCUGGCCCUAGAGCUUCUCAGGACUCCCAGCAGCUGCUUCCUGCAGCUCAGCCUGUCUGGGGUUGAGAUCAGCCUUCGUGCUGAGGGAGCUCUGGCUUGUCAGCAGGACCUCUUGGAGGGCAAACAAGGACCGAGCUGGCCCUGUGCCCUCGUGAUGGGGUCCUAGGUGGGGCAGUGGUCUCUGCAGGGUGGUGCAGAUGCAGCUGAGAUGUCCCUUUCCCAGCAGCAGAGCUGAGGUGACAUCAGACCCCACCAUAACCGGCUCUGCUGUAGCACCAUAUCUUUUAGGAGCCCAAGAUGUCCCCUUGUCUGUCCAGCACCCAUCUGUCUGUCCAACCUUGCUCCCGCUGUCCUCUCUCUCCAAAGCACUACAGCUGAGGCUCUAUCUAGGGCAAGCAGGAAUUUGGUCCUCUCCAAGCAGGGAGUGGAACUGAUGAGCUGCAGGGGCCACAUCAGGGCUGGAGCCAAAAGUGUCCCAAGUGCCAGCCCCUCAGGGGACUUGCUGCUCACGUGCAGCUGCCUCCUGCUGCUGACACACUUCUGGAACUUCUGCUGCCUUCCCUGGAGUUUUGCUUUCCUGCACUAGGCUGUAGACUUGCCAGGCUUUGCUCCUUCCUCCAGGCUACCAAUAAAUACCUUCUACUCCAA